UUAAGUUUUUUAUGGGUUAAAACUAAAGAGCCCAAAAAAAAUCCAUUAAAACCACAAUUGAAUACACCCAAAGACCCAUCCCCGCUUUUUCCCCUUUCUUCACUCUCGGCAGCUCCCCGUUCUCAACCUCCGACCACCCUCACCAAAACAACCACAGCCACCAUUUUCUUUCUCCCCUUCUCUCUCAAUCACUCUCUGAACCCUACCAACUGCAAAUUCCAAUGUUGCAAAAUCUAACCAAAUAGUGAUCAAGACUUCAAAUUUCCAUGGGAAGCAAGCACUAACCCACAACCAGGAUCAACCAGAGACGGAGAGAGAGUGAGAGAAACUUGAAUAUCGGCUGGCUAAGCUUUUUUUUUUUUUUUUUUUUUGGGUUUGAUACAUUAUUUAGAGCUGAGUUGUGGGUUUUGUGAGUUUCCCAAUUCCGAUGGAGAAUAGUUCAGCAAUAUCAUGUCCUUCAACUCCUCGCUGGAACUCCGAGAGGCCAUUCCUCACUGGCCGCUUUCAUCAGGAAACCAAAACGACUUCGCGUUUCUUCGACACCAAGGGCUAUUCCGUUGAUUCCCUUGGCUUGGGAUCCGAAAAGGCCAUUGGUUGUUACAAUGCUGCUGUUCAGGAACUUGUGGUCAUCGAUGACCUCUUGUCUGCAAUGGUUGGGAUCCAAGGACGCUACAUUUCGAUCAAAAGGGCCCACGAAAAAGAGGAUAAUUUCACCUUUCAAGUUGAUGCAUCCAUGGAUUUAGCUCUUCAGGAAUUGGCAAAACGGGUAUUUCCUCUGUGUGAGAGCUUUAUGCUCAUUAACCAGUUUGUUGAAUCAAGAUCUCAAUUCAAGAAUGGUCUGGUGAAUCAUGCCUUUGCUGCUGCACUCAGGGCUCUCCUUCUAGAUUACCAGGCCAUGGUGGCACAAUUGGAACACCAGUUUCGACUUGGAAGACUGUCCCUACAAGGCUUGUGGUUUUACUGUCAGCCAAUGAUGGGGUCCAUGCAAGCACUAUCUAACGUAAUACAGAGGGCUUCAGCUAAUAAUUUUGCAGGUUCUGCAGUUCUUAACCUCUUGCAGAGCCAGGCUAAGGCCAUGGCUGGUGAUAAUGGUGUAAGGUCAUUGCUAGAAAAGAUGGCAGAAUGUGCGAGCAAUGCAUACCUUGGAAUAUUGGAGAGGUGGGUUUAUGAAGGAGUCAUUGAUGAUCCUUAUGGUGAAUUUUUCAUUGCUGAGAACAAAUCUCUUCAAAAGGAAAGCCUGACUCAUGAUUAUGAUGCCAAGUAUUGGACGCAACGUUACAGCCUCAAGGAUGGAAUCCCUAGCUUCCUUGCAAAUAUUUCUGGGACAAUUUUGACCACCGGAAAAUAUCUAAAUGUCAUGAGAGAAUGUGGGCACCAUGUGCAGGUCCCUCAAUCAGAAAAUUCAAAAUUGAUGAGCUUUGGCUCGAACCAUCGCUAUCUUGAGUGUAUAAAAUCUGCUUAUGACUUUGCCAGCAGUGAGCUCUUAAAUCUCAUCAAAGAAAAGUAUGAUCUGAUGGGAAAGUUACGAUCUAUAAAGCACUAUCUUCUUCUUGAUCAGGGUGAUUUUUUAGUUCAUUUCAUGGAUAUUGCUCGAGAUGAGCUUACGAAAAAGCUUGAUGAGAUUUCUGUGGAGAAGCUGCAGUCUCUUCUAGACCUUGCUUUGCGUACCACAGCAGCUGCAACAGAUCCUUGCCAUGAGGACUUAACAUGUUGCGUGGAAACAUCUUCUUUGCUUAAAAAACUGGGGACACUUACCGAUGGUGAAAGGAGCAGGAAUGUUCCUGAUGAUAAUGAUCUAGAGGAGCCAGUGAGCAUAACAGGACUUGAGACAUUUUCUUUGAAUUAUAAGAUUCGGUGGCCAUUGUCUAUUGUUAUCUCUAAACAUUCCUUAACAAAGUACCAGUUGAUUUUCCGCUUUCUUUUCCACUGUAAGCACGUGGAUCGCCAACUUUGUGGGGCAUGGCAAGCACAUCAAGGAGUUCGUGCCCUCAACAUGCGUGGAACUGCUAUCUCCAGAUCCUCUUUGCUCUGUCGUAGCAUGCUGAAAUUUAUUAAUAGCCUUCUACACUAUCUAACAUUUGAGGUUAUUGAGCCUAAUUGGCACGUGAUGCAUAAUAGACUUCAAACUGCAAAGAGCAUAGAUGAGGUUAUCCAACACCAUGAAUUUUUCCUUGAUAAGUGUUUGAGGGGAUGCUUGCUUCUUUUGCCUGAAUUUCUCAAGAAGGUGGAGAGGCUGAAAUCACUUUGCCUACAAUAUGCAGCUGCAACUCAGUGGUUGAUAUCAUCUUCUAUUGAUGUUCCCAGCCUUGUUGAGUCUGAUGGUUCACUUGUGUCAGAAAAACCCAGGCAAUCAAAAUCACGGCGCCCAUAUCAGCCAUUAAAAUUAAGCUCCAGCAAUAAAACUGUUGCUGAUUCUAUUCUCAAAUUUGAGAGGGAGUUCAAUGCAGAGCUUCAGAGCCUGGGACCAAUAUUGAACAGUAGCUCCAAAGCAGAACCAUAUUUGACUCAUCUUUCGAAGUGCAUCUUAGGCAUUGGAAACGAACUAUGAAUUCUGGCUUCUUUUCUGUUACUUCGGUUUCAAGAGUUAACGGUUUGUGAAAAUGUUUUCCUGCUGUUGUGCUAGGCUUGUGUUUCGUAGCAUGCCAAGAAUGUCUAAAGUUUAGGUACUUGUUAGAGAAUUUUGAGUUGGUGCUGUGUAUGGGGGAAAUUCUGUUAUUUUUUAUUUUUUGUUCUGUUGAUUUUUGUUUUUGGGGUGGCCGGUGGGUGUUUAGAUUCAUUGUUAAUUUCUAUCAAAGAUUAACGAUGAUAUACAAUGUCAUCCCCUGAAUUUUAAUUUCAUCAUCUGUAUCAUCGGUUGAAGUAUCAACUUGUUUGGUAAAAAAGGUUCACAGAAACUUGUCGCAACUAGUGAAGAACAAUUCAGUGAAUAUUAAAGAAUAGAACCAUUACAAACGCGAAAUAUUUGGGAAAGCAGCAACAAAAUUUGCUGCCACAAAUGAGAUGAGGAACACAAGCGGCAUGGCUUUAAAGUCCAAUUUUCUCUCUCUCUCUCUCUCUCUCUCCCCCAUAUGUUGGACUCACCUCUGUUCUCAGCUCAUGUGAGAGAGAGAGUUGGAAGCGUUGGGGGAAGUAGUGGUGUAGUAUUUCUUGAUGGGUUGAGGUUUGCUAAGGCCCGUGGCUUAAGGAAUAUCAGUGUUGAAGUGGAUUCGAAUGCAUGCUUGUCGACUGUUAAGGAGGAGUUGUCAUGCUCGAAGUGGUCUUUAUUUCCUAUCCACUGUGAAAUCAGAGUUCUAAAGGCUUCUUUCUCCUACCUCCGAUGGUCAUGGGUCCCUAGGGAAGCAAACCAAGCUGCAGAUUGGGUAGCUUCGAGUGUUAAAAGGAGGGGGUUGUGCGCUGAGGCUUGGGUCAUUCGACCUCCAACCUCCCUGAUUUUCAUUCUAUUCCGAGGCGGUUUGCCUUGUCCUCUCCGAAAUUGUUGCGAUUAUGGGGAUGGUAGUUCUUGGUCUUAGUUUGUUUCUUUCGCUGCUUGUUUUUUGUUUCUUGGACUGUUGGGUCUUGCUGUUCUGUUGGAAAAGUCAAUAUUCAUGCAGAAAAAAGAUGAAGAAAAAAAAAAAAAAAAAACCUUGUAACA